GCAUCGUCAAACUCCUUUCUUCACUUUAUUUAGCUGUUCGUGCAUGUAGCUCCCAAGCUUUUCACUGCUCUAGUUAGUGAAGCAUUUAUUUUUGAGUCAGCUGCAUUUCUUAAGACUGUAACAACGAAAGGCAUUUCCUGAGAAACUGCAAGGAUGAGCAGCAAGAAAGAACAACAGCUAAGGAAAUAUGGGACCCUUGCAGUGUUUUUUAUCUUGCAAGUUCAGAUUUUUGGUUUUGAUGUUGAUAAUCGACCUACAACAGAUGUCUGCUCAACACACACAAUUUUACCUGGACCAAAAGGGGAUGAAGGUGAAAAGGGAGACAGAGGAGAAGUAGGCAAACAAGGAAAGGUUGGACCAAAAGGACCAAAAGGAAACAAAGGACCAGUGGGCGAUGUUGGUGACCAGGGAAUGCUUGGUAAAAUUGGUCCAAUUGGUGAAAAGGGUGACAAAGGAGUCAAAGGCUUACCGGGGGUUUCAGGAAAAAAAGGAAAAGCAGGCACGGUCUGUGACUGUGGAAGAUACCGCAGAUUUGUUGGACAAUUGAAUAUCAAUGUUGCUCGUCUUAACACAUCCAUCAAGUUCAUGAAAAAUGUUAUAGCAGGUAUCAGGGAGACAGAUGAGAAAUUCUAUUACAUUGUGAAAGAAGAGAAGAAUUACAGAGAAGCCUUGAUCCACUGCAGGGACAGAGGAGGAUCACUGGCCAUGCCUAAAGAUGAAGCAACCAAUGCCCUGAUUGCUGACUACAUCUCCAGCAGCGGCCUGUUCCGAGCCUUCAUUGGGCUGAAUGACAUGGAAAGAGAAGGACAGUUUGUGUAUUCAGACAACAGCCCACUGCAGAACUACAGUAACUGGAAGGAAGGGGAGCCUCAUGACCCAGCUGGUCACGAGGACUGUGUGGAAAUGCUCAGCACAGGAGAGUGGAACGACUCUGAGUGUCAAGUCACCAUCUACUUUGUCUGUGAAUUCCUCAAGAAGAGGAAAUAAAAGUGACAGAGAAUGUGCCUGGCACCGGCUGUACAUAAAAUAACCCAUCCUCAUUCAUUUACAGUAGGGAGAGCAAAUCAGGGAUAGGAAACUAGGGACAGGGUUGAAUCCAGCCUUCACAUCACUGCACUAAGCAAGAGUAACUACUGUUUUGUCACCAGUGAUUGUAAAGUCAGCACAGGCCUACAGGGGCAUCCAGAUGGUUGCGAAUUUUUAUUUCAUUUCUACAUGCAUUUUAGGAUUGGCAUUUCUAUGUGUAAUUUAGGGGUAAAUUUAGAGCAUGCAGAAGUGAAUAUAAUUUCACCAGUUCCAGAAAUUGUAAGAUCAUUGGUAUAUGAAGUACUGAUGUGAUUUGCACAGUCCACAGAUAGAAAGAGCAUGACCUUCAUUAAUCUCUGACUUGCACAGGGAGUCCCAGUAAUUUCCCUAAUGACUUCAGAGAUUGGAGAAAAUAUUUUAAGUAUUUCUUGAAAAAAUCCUUUUGUUAGAAUCAUAAUUUGAGGUAGGAGGUAUUGCUGGAAAUCAUUUGGUUAAAUCUUGCAUGCAAAAUAGGACCAACCUCAAACUUAGAAGUUGCUAUACUCUCCUUAAUUUGUCUGUGCAACUAUAUUGCUUGAUAGGCAUUUAUCUGGUCUUCUGUAAAGCCUUUGACACGGUCCCCUGUAAUAACAUUCCUUUUAAAUUGGAGAGGUGGAUUCAGUGUUAGGUGGAUAAAGAAUUGGUUAGAUGGUCACAUCCAGAGGGCAUUGGUCAAUGGCUCAGAGUAUCGAUGGACGUCAGUGACAAGGGAUGUCCCUCAGGAUCUGCCGUAGGACCAGCACUAUUUAAUAUCUUCAUUAAUGACACAGACAAAAACAUGAAGUGCACCCUCAGCACAUUUGCAGAUAGCACCAAGCUGGGUGGUGUAGUUGACACACCUGAAGGAUGGGAUGCCAUUCACAGGGAUCUGGAUGCCACCCAGAGGGACCAGGUUUGAGAAGUGGCCCAUAGGAACCUUAUGAGGUUUAACAUGAGUAAGUGCAAGGUGCUGCACUUGAGUUGCGGCAACCCCUGGUAUCAGUCCAGGUGAGGGAUGAACAGAUGGAGAGCAGCCCUACUGAGAAGGACUUGAGGAUGCUGGUGGAUGGGAGGCUGGACAUGAGCUGGCAAUGUGCAUUCACAGGCCAGAAAGUCAAACCUGUCCUGGGCUGCAUCCAAAGCCCUGUGAUUCUGCCCCUCUACUUCAUUUUGCUGAGGGCCCACCUGCAGUGCUGUGUCAGCUCUGGGGUCCCCAGCACAGGAAGGCCAUGGACCUGUUGGAGCAAGUCCAGAGGAGGCCACCAAGAUGAUUAGCAGGAUCGAGCACCUCCCCUAUGAGGAAAAGCUGAGAGAUUUGGUUUUGUUCAGUCUUGAAAAAAGAAGGCUUUGGGGUGAAUUAAUUGCAGCCUUCCAGUAGCUGAAAGGAGCCUACAAGGAAAAUGGAGAGAGACUUUGUACAAGGACAUGUAGUGACAGAACAGGGGGGAAUGAGUUUAAACUGAAGGAGAGUAGAUUUAGAUUAGAUAUGAGAAAGAAGUUCUCUGCUGUGAGGGUGAUGAGCCCAGAGAAGUUGUGGAUGCCACAUUCCUGGAAGUGUUCAAGGACAGGCUGGAUGGAGCACUGAGCAGCCAGAUCUAGUGGAAAGAGGCCCUGCUUACAGUGUGGGGGUUUGAACUAGAUGGUUCCUUCCAACCCAAACCAUUUUAUGACUCUACCGAGAAGAGUUCUCACUUAUCUGUUUUCAACUCUAUUAUCUAUCAGGCUUGCCUGAAUUGUGAUGAAUUAAUAGUACAUAAUCAUGCAAGCCUGCACAGCUCGUAGGCAAUCUAAAAACAGAUGGAGCAGUUCUAGUGUCUGAAGUCCCCAAAGUCUGUGAUAAACAUACAGAAGUCUAGCACAAAGAGAACAGUGGAAAGGGAGCAACACCAUUCCCGUAGGCUGUAAACAGACACGUGUAAUGUAAGCUAUACCAUGUGCAUUUCUGGUUUAACAAGUGAUUCUAGGAACAUAUUAACUCCAUAACUCAGAAGCCAGUGACGUUUGAUGUCUAAUGCUAAAAUCACCCAUGCCUUUGUAACACAGGAGCUAUAGAACAGGUUUUAUCCUCCAGGAACCCAGAUUCAGGUGUGAUUGAACAACUUGGUAAUGCAGUUCAGAGGGACUCACUAAAAAUAAUGAGCACUGAACAUGAAGGCUCUGCUGUCACUGCCUGGCUACUUAGAUCUCUAUGUCAGAAUGCCCACAAAGAAUCAUAUUUUCAUAUCUUUGAGAAUACUGACAGAGCUUUUCAGACACAUAAAGUGCUUAUUCAUGGUUUGCCUUUCCUCACAGCAGGAGAUCCCAAGAGAAACCUUAGGGUCAUUGCAAGGCAAGUCUGUAGGUUUUCUUUCCCACUUAACACGAGAAAUUAAGGAAGGCUAUCUGGAAGCUAAGGAGAAUGCUAGAUGCUUGACACCAUGCAACAACAUUCCCUGCAGAUCACUGAGCACCAUGUGCACAUAAUCCUCCUCUGGGUAUACAAAGAGCUGGACAUGCCAUCAUCUAGUAAUGUGGAGGGUCAGCUCCACGUCUCCCUUCCACUGCUGAGUAGAGCACUGAAAAGGCAACCAAACAAUCAUACGUCCUCAACCUCACCCUAAACAGGAAAAUUCUCCAAACCAUUUGCCUUGUUGUUUGACUCCAAGUUCACCUCUGAUCAUUGACCAACACAGAAGCAUCCCAGGGGACUCUGUGACUCAGAACUGCUCUUGUAAUCUGGUUUCUCUGACACUUGUUCCUCCGGAAAACCUACUGUUGCUACCAGCAGUAAAUCAUCUGUCUUGCUACACACCCUCCAGGAAACUAUUCAGACCUGUGAAUAAAGGGGUGGGACCACAUUUCUUUUCAUUGCUCCUCUUCUAUGCUAUGAGAGUAUUUGGGAAAACAGGUUCACUUUGCAUGAUGUAACAGCCUGAAUUGUUCCCUCUCUGGGAACUGAUAUUCCUCAACACUAGGCAGAAUUACAUUUUUUAGGAUCUAUUGUAAUAAACUCAUUAAGGUAAACACUUUGGUUUUAGAAGCAUCAAUGGGUAAUGAUAAAGAAUUAAUAACUAAUUCAAGAAAAAGCUUCUUGAGGCAAAAUAAUGCCUUGAGAAGUUGAAGCCCAAGGCUGCUGGCCUCAUCCACAGCAGGUCAGUUCCUACCAGUCAUGCAGAAGUGGCAUAGUAAUAUCCUUGUGGGUAGGCACAAUCACUUCUCAGCACUUCAUCUUUAUUUCUGCCAACAAAACAUGCUUACCAGACUGGAGGUCUAUAUUCUGAAACCCUCUGGCCAUACUGAGACCACUGGCUGAUAAAAUUUAGAGGUGUCCUUAAUGCUACAUCCAUCAUGGAUAGGCCAUUUUCCUGUUCUUUAAGAGGAAACUCAGAGUUGGGAGAAGGUGAAAGUGGAGCAAUACUUCUUUGCAGGAUCGGGCUCUGUCUUAGAUUAGACCAGCUGCUCUCCAAGAUAUUCAAAAUCAGGAAAUACAUGUAUAAUUGAAACUUCAGGGUUUUUUUAGAAGACUGUGAGUUAUGAGUAAUCCUGGACCAUGCUCUAUGUACACGAAGGAAUGACUAUUGCAUCCUCUGGCUUCGUGGCUGAGUGAGGAAGUGAGUGAGGAACUUGUGCUGGAUUUCUACAGUGGAAAGGCUGGGACUGCCCACUUCUUCCAUCUUCAUCCUCUACUACCACACCAGCUCAUCCUUUUUUAAAUAGAAAAAAAUGAACAAAACCAACCCUUUUACCCUCUAUGUAUUAUUGGAACAUUGGGCAGAGCUACGUCAGCUGAAACAAGCAGACUUGGGAUGGCAGCUCCUUUGCUAAAUAGAGAAGAGGGACAGCAGAGGAGCACAGCAGAUGUCCAAUGUUCAAGCCAGCCAGGCAUAAGUGUGAGCAGGUGCUUGUGCAGCCCAUUCCUGCAGCACUAACCCCAGUUAAUAAAUUUUGCCAAGAAGCUCAACUCACAGGCCAGGGCAAAUAAAAAAGCUUAUACCACCGAGGAAACCUGGCAGGUAGGUGCCUGCCCCAUGCCUUGUGGACACAGGCUUGUGCCUUAACUAACUGAAAUAUUAUAGCCAUGUUUUGCAGAAAAAAAUAUGCUUGCUAUAAUUAAGAAUUUGGGCUACAUCAAAGGUUUCCACUGCUAGUCAAUGGAAAUUCACUGUGGUGGAUAAAUUAUCUCAGGUUUAUACAUUAGGUGGAUGGAGCCAGGAAGGAAAGGAAAAUGCAUGAUUUAUGGUCUGUUAAUAUGUGACACCUAAACCAUUUUACCUAAUCCCAGUAUAACUUUUUCACAUGUUUUUCUUUCCAUUAUUCCCAGGCCAAAUAUUCUUGUUUCAAUUUAUGCUUGCUGUUUCUUACUUACCACUUAACAUCCCAUUGUGAAGAGCCUGGCUUUGUCUUCUUGAAGACACCUCAUAGGUGCUGGCAGGCUGCUAUCAGGUUCACCUGAAGCCACCUCUUCUCCGGGCUAAAUAAAUCCAGUUCCUUUGGCUCCUCCUCACAUGGCUCCAGUCAUUCUGGGGAGUCUCAGCUAAACUUGGCUUAAAUUUCUCAUUGCCUUUCCUGGAGGGGCUCAAAAGGACACAGUGCCUAGCUGUGGUCUGACAGGUACUGAGCAGGAGCAUAAUCCCUUCCCACAAACUCCUGGCUGUGCUCUCUCCAGUACAGUCAGGAUGCCAUUACCUUCUUUGCUGCAAGGGCACACUCCUGAUGCACAGGCCAUGUGCUGUCUGCCAGGACUCUCCAGAGCCUUGGCAGUAAAGCCAGUCACCCCCAGCAUAUAUUGAUGCAAAGGCUCAGCAUUCCCAGGUGACAGGAACUUUGUAUUUAUUCUUGCUGAAUUUCAUAAGGUUCCUCUUGGCCCAUUCCUCCUGCCUAGGUUCUUCUGUAUGGUAGCACUGUCCACAGCAUAUUCACUGUUGCCUCCAAUUUGGUAUCAUCUACAAACCUCAGGAAAGUGGAUUUUAUCACCUCCUUGAAGUACCUGGUAAAGAUGUUAAACAGGACUGUUCCAGUCUCUAGAUCUCCUGGCACUCUACUAGGUAAACAGGAAAAUGUUUUCUGGGUAGAGAAAACUCAUUUAACCUCUCCCCUCUAAGCCAAAUCAAUCAAUUUUUAUCCAUACAGAUCAUAACAUCCAUCCCAACUGGGAUACAAGGAUGUUGUUGGAGACAAUGUCAAAAGCCUUGAUAAACUUGAAGUAAAUGAUAGCCACUUCUCUCCCCUCACCCACAAAUCCAGUCAUAGAAUCAUAAACAAAAUCAGGCAGUCAGACAUGAUUUACAUUUGGUAGAUCCAUGCUGACUGUUUCGGAUCACCUCCUCCUUCAUAUGCCCAGAAACAUGCUCAAGGGGACCCGUUCCCUUAAGUUCCACGGGGACCAAAGCAAUGCUGACCAGUUUAUAGUUCCUCAGAUUGUCUUUGGCCUUCCUGAAAAAAUGGUGCAACAUUUACCUAUUUCCAGUUAUUAGGAACCUUCCAUGAUCUCCAUAACCCUUCUGAUGUGAUAGAGUGGCCCUGCAGAGACAUCCAAUUUUUUUAUUUUUCUUUUUUUGGCACCUUGAAAUGUGCCAAAAAAUGUGCCACCUUGAAUGUGGUCUAUCUGCCUGCUUCCAUGGUGUUUUCUGGUCAGACUUUGAAGUAAUUCCCAGCUAAACACUCAUCUACUGCUGGUAGUUCUCUUUGCACCCUUUCCCGAAGCACAGAUGCAUGAGAUAGUUUGGAGGUAGAGAUAGCAAAUAAACCUUAGAAUGCCUCCAUUUUAUCAGGGUCCGCUGUCACUACAUCACCUCCUUCAUUUAGCAAUGAUUCUACAUAUUCCUUCCUCAGCCUUUUUAUACUAACAAAGCAUUGGAAGCUCUUCUUGUUGGACUUCCCAUGCAAGUCUCAACUGCAUUUAGGCUUUGUAUCUCCCAAGGAUACUCCUACAAACUCAGAUAAUACUUUUAAAUUAUUCCAUUGUAGCCUGUCUCUGCUUCCAUCUCCUCUAUAUUACCUUUCCAUACUGGAGGUCCACCAAGCUCCCUGUUCAGCCACAACAACCUCCUGACAAAGCUACUUGUAGAUGUGCAGUGAAAACAAGAACACUGCCUAAGACAGCAAGAAUACCUCAUCAUGUGUCUUGCUCUUGGACAAUCAGGAAUUUAUGAUCUUCUGUAUUCUGAAGAAUGUCACUCAGUACAAGCAUUAUCUCAGAACAAGCCUGUUCUCCCAAGGCUCUUAACAUAUAUAAGGCACAGAUAUCUAUGGUAAAUAUAAUGUUUUAGAAAACUAACUCUAAUAAAAAUUAUCACAGACUCAAUAUAUGCCAUUAGAAUACAUUUUCCUCAAGCAUUUCAGACUCA